AUUUAUAAAAACAAAAAAAUAAUAAAAAAUUUUUUAUAAAAAAUCAUUUCGGUCGUUUCCGAGUCAUUUCUUGUGCCAUAGAACAUUUAAGCCCGUAAAUAAGUGAUUAAGCCCCACUGUGUCACGUUCUGCAUCAUUCUUUUGUCUCAAUUUUACAAUUUUUAUGAGAAUUUUAUUAAUUCUAAGGGUUUUCUGCAAUGCGAGUGAGUCAAAGUAGUUGUGAAUUAGUUAAAUAGACUCGAAUAAGCAGACAUGGUUAAGACAACAUCCAAGGAAACAAAUGAUGGAUCAUCGACUGAUUCGGGCGAUGAACGUGACAGAAAUGAUGACAAUACAAAAGUGUCAGUGAAAUGUCCACAUCUUUUAAAGUCAAUUGACUUUACAAAAGUCAAAAAGUACAUAAAACAAAACGGUUUCAGUGCCAAUUGUUCUGAAUGUGAGAAACUUAAGUCACCAGUAAGUACCAUUGGAGAUGGUGACGAUGAGUAUGAAUAUGAUCGAUCAUUGUGGAUGUGCUUAAGAUGCGGACUGCAAUUUUGUGGACGAACUGUCAAUAAACAUGCUAUAGCUCAUUAUGAAAAAGCACAUAGUGAUAUGCACGCGCUGACCGUAAAUACGACAACAUUUAUGAUUUGGUGCUAUAAUUGUGACGAGGAACUGACCGAAGAUUGUCACAAGAAAUUGUUGGAAUGUAUAUCAUUUAUAAGAAAGGAAUCAUUAAAGCCACCACCAAUUGAUGUUUAUAAUGUGGAAAGUAAGAUUCAGAUGGGAAUGCAGACAUUAGUUCCAUUGUUGUCAAAUAUUAACAGCUCAGCGAGCGACAAGAAAGAAAUUCCUGAGCCAUCCAUGUCAGUUUCAUACAAUCUAACACUUCCGUCACAACGAAAAACGAAUCAAGAAAAUACUGAAAGUAAUAGCACCAAUGUUAUGCUGCCUCGCGUACGUGGAUUAAGUAAUUUAGGCAAUACAUGUUUCUUUAAUGCCGUCACUCAAAACUUAUCUCAAACACCAUACUUGCUUGAGAUUUUAACGGAUGCCAUUGAGUCUCGAGAGAACUUUGAACUGCCUGGCGGAGAGUUAGUAGUUACAAAGGAAGAGACAAUUCAGUUGAAACCAAUUAAAGGUGAACUUGGAGAAGCUGGAGCAAUCACUAAGGCCUUAUAUAAUACAGUUGAUCAAUUACAACGAUCCGGUGGAGUUUUUACACCUCGUGAAUUACUUUCACAAUUUACAACAAAGUGGCCACAAUUUGGUGGUGGCGAUCAACAUGAUUCUCAUGAGGCACUGCGUCAUUUACUAGAAAGUGUACGUCAUGAAGAUUUACGUCGCUUUCAAUCCGUUAUUUUAAGAGAAUUGGGCUAUAAUAGUAAAGUUGAUCCAAAACAUGUUCGCGAUGAAGAUAAGCAAAAGAUUAAAUAUUUUGGCAAGAAGGCUGAAGAACGAAUCUUAGUUCCAGAGCCAUUAUUUAGAGGAUAUAUGGUGUCAACAUUAACAUGUCAAGAUUGUAAUCAUAUUUCACCGCGUCAAGAAUAUUUCCUUGAUAUUUCAUUGCCUGUAACUGUUGACAAACCACAGCCACCAACCAGAAGAAAAGCAUCUCCAGAACCAGUCACUAAUCCGCCAUCAACAAGCAGCGGUCCAUCAAAAUCACAAAUGAAACGUGAAAAGCGUGCAGAACGAAAGUCCAAAAGAAAUCAAAAAAAUCAAAGUCGUAAAAUUUUCUCAAAUGCAUUUGGUGAUCAAGUUGAAUUGAAGCCAUUGGCAGGUGAUGUCGAAACAAAGGAACGAGAUGAUGAUGAUUUAUCAUCAAAUUCAUCUCUAUUAAGUUCGGAUGCUGAUGUCGAAGACAAUUUAACUGAUGAAAAGCAAUCAAAUAAAAAAGUUGUUUGUGAUGCGAAUGGAAAUCAAUGUCCAGAGACUGUUUUGUCACCACAGAAUCCCGAGAAGUUAGACGAUAUGCCCGAGAAUCCGUUCAAGAGUGAAGCAAGUAAAGAAGUUAACAAUAUAGUAUGUGAAAUGAGCAUUAGUAGUUCUGGCAUUGCCAAUUUAAAUUCACAAAUAUCUAAAAUUAAGGUUGAAGAUAAUGAGACAAUUGAUGAUGCUGAACGUGAAAAGGCUAUAAAGGCACAACAAAAAAAAUGCCAACAGAAACAACGAGAAAGGUUAAUUUCGCAUAUUGAUUGGAGUAAUACUUUAUCACCACGUUUGCAAUGUCCAGAAGGUGAACUUUCCCUUCAAUCAUGUCUAAACAAUUUUACGUCAGUCGAAUUAAUGACUGGAAGUAAUAAAGUUGGUUGUGAGGCAUGCACGGAACGAAUUAAUGGCAAGAAAGGAAAGACAGUUAAUACAAAUGCCACAAAACAAUUCUUGAUUUCGAGUCCACCAGCUGUUCUCAUAUUGCAUUUGAAACGUUUUCAAGUUGGUAUGCGUGGAAUGUUUAGGAAGAUUCCAAAGCAUGUCUCAUUUCCUCUCGUGCUUGAUAUUGCGCCGUUUUGUGCAUCAAAAGUUAAACUUUUACAUCAUGUUAAACGUCAUCAGAAGAAAGUUUUGUAUUCCCUUUAUGGAAUCGUUGAACACUCCGGAGGAAUGUUUGGUGGACAUUAUGUUGCUUAUGUGAAAGUUCGUCCAAAAAUAACAAAAGAAGAUCCACGCUGGAAGUUUUUGGCACAUGGAACAAAAACCGAAUUAGAUCAAUUGGACGAGCAAAAGAUAAUUUUAGAAAAACAAACGGAAAAGGUCAAGAAACGACAAAUGUCAAUGACAAAAGAUAGCGACGAUUCCAUCUCAAAUACAUCAUCAUCGUCCCAAACAUCAGAUGAUGAAGAAGAGAAUGCAGUUGGUGGUUCCGAUGAGCCCGAAACGGAUAAGCCAUUGCCUGGAAAGUGGUAUUACGUUAGUGACAGUCACGUUCGUGAAGCGUCUGAAACUGAUGUGUUGAAUGCGCAAGCUUAUUUGCUCUUUUACGAGAGAAUUUUCUAAAUAUCCUUUUACCUACUUUUUGUCUUUGAUUGUGUCGUCUUUUCACGUAUAAUCCAAGAUAUACAUUGUUGCGUUUCUAACUAGAUAGCGAAUUCUCUUGUUGAACAUUAUUUUUUUUUUUUUGAUUGAUUAUAAAACAGAUAUUAAUUAUUAUUAUAUCUAAUGAAUGGAUGCUUUUUCUUAUUAAUGGAUAUAGUUUAUAUGAAGCUUUUGUUUAAUCAAAGAGCAUAAAGAACCUACCUUUUUUUUGCUAUAAAUCAAACAUGUCACUUUAAUAUCCCCUUUUUGAAGCUUUUUUCAUUGCAUAAUUUUUAUUAUUCAUCUUGAAUUUAUAACAAUAAUUUUUUUCUGAAAUAAAAAUAGAGGAAGAACAAUUUCAAAUCAAG